GAUUUGCCCGCCUCGUUUAAUCAGCCUCAGUCAUACUGGCAACCUCUGCUCAGGUCAUCAGCUUUGAAAUCGCUGCUUGAUAGGCUGCCGAGUUGGACCAUGCAUUCUAGGCUCCCCCUAGGCCCCUCCCCCACCUGGCGUUGAAGACCGCCUUAAACUCCCCUUGGCCGUCACAACUAAUCAAUCCCGCCCCCAGAUCCUUUUUCUUGGUCCAAGGUCGCAAGAAUCCAUCUUCUCCCGAAACUCGCUUCUAACACGUCAAAAUAACUGUCGCCCUUAAUCUACCGCUAUCCUCCUGCCCGUAGCUGCCCACUGCCGCCUUUCCCGCCCGGAGCACCUCCGCCUCUCUUCUUCCAAGCCUCUCCUCUCCGGCGUCGCGGCUCCGACCACGAUGAGCCGCCAGACGCCUCAGCAGCAACCUCAGGUUCAGCCCUGCAGAUACAAAGUCGGAAAGACGCUGGGUGCGGGCUCGUACUCCGUCGUCAAGGAAUGCGUCCAUAUUGAUACCGGGCGCUACUAUGCGGCCAAAGUUAUCAACAAGCGACUCAUGGCGGGGCGAGAGCACAUGGUCCGCAAUGAAAUCGCCGUCCUCAAAAAGGUGUCCAUGGGGCACCAAAACAUCCUAACGCUAGUCGACUACUUCGAGACAAUGAACAACCUCUACCUUGUUACGGACCUGGCUCUCGGAGGCGAACUAUUUGAUCGCAUCUGCCGUAAGGGCUCAUACUAUGAAUCCGAUGCGGCCGAUCUCAUCCGCGCAACGCUGUCCGCCGUCGCAUACCUCCACGACCACGGCAUCGUUCACCGCGACUUGAAGCCUGAGAAUCUACUCUUCCGCACACCCGAAGACAAUGCAGACUUGCUCAUCGCCGAUUUUGGCCUCUCCCGCAUCAUGGACGAGGAGCAGUUCCAUGUCUUGACCACCACCUGCGGCACUCCCGGCUACAUGGCUCCCGAGAUUUUUAAGAAGACGGGCCAUGGUAAACCCGUCGACCUGUGGGCCAUUGGCGUCAUCACCUACUUCCUCCUGUGCGGCUACACCCCGUUCGACCGUGACUCCGACUUUGAAGAGAUGCAGGCCAUCCUCAAUGCCGACUACAGCUUCACUCCGGUCGAGUACUGGCGCGGCGUCUCGUCGUAUGCCAAGGACUUCAUCCGCCGCUGCCUCACCAUCGACCAGGACAAGCGCAUUACUGCCCACGAAGCCCUCCAGCACCCAUUCGUCGCCGGCCUCGCACCCUCAGACGGCGCUGGCGAGAACCUGUUGCCCACGAUCAAGAAGAACUUCAACGCUCGGCGCACGCUUCACGCUGCCAUCGACACCGUUCGCGCCAUCAACAAGCUCCGUGAGGCGCAGAAUCUGAUGAUGGACGGCGCCCGCUCCCAAGAGCCUGCUCGCGCUCGUGGAGGUCCCAACACUGCUGCUCCACCUAUCAGCGGUGCCCGUAAGGAUGACAGCGCCAUAUCUAUGGGCUUUAGCCAGGGUAACGACGUCGAUGCCAGCGCUCACAGACAGGCUGAUGAUGUAGUCAUGGGCAACACAACGCCCAGCUCUGACGUGCCUGCGUUGUUACAGCCAGGCAAUCUGGCUAACCGGAUCGUGCAGACAAGCAAAGGUCUCUGGAACCCUGAAGCCGCAAGGUAGCAGUGGAGACGAUAUGAUCAAUCACACCAAAGGUAGUGAUGGAGGAGGAGAGCGCCAUGUCCUCUCCAAACAGAAACAUACAGCAUACUAUCUCUGGCGCUGGCAGCCGUUGAUGAGCAACUUGUUUCUGAUAUAGAGUCUUCUGAGCUUCAACUGGACGAGAAACGAGAAUCAUACGGUUGUCUGUUAGAAGUCCUUCUCCAUCUCCAUUACCCAUUUACUCAAUAAACCGAAAAAAAAAAAAAUCGAGCCUCACAUUUUUGAAGAAAACCCCUCCUUUUGCUUAUUUUCAUUUGCUUUUUCAUUUCUUUUUUUUCUAU